AUGGCUACUGAUAUGUACAAAGUGUACAAACAACGCUGGCUCGUGUUGUUGGUUGUUUGUUUGCUCAACUUUUCGAACGCUAUGGUAAGAUCCCUACGAACCGGUUGCAAAACACGUUCAGGCAGACCUGGAUCUCGUUCGCACCGAUCAGCUACUACACCAAUGAAUUCUAUGGCAACAGGAAUGCGGCCACCUUCUUGAAUGCCAUUUUCAUGCUGGUGUCGAUACCGUUUGGAGUGUUGGCGUUAUGGGGUGUGGAUAAGUAUGGCAUUAGAGCUACUGUAGGUAUAGAAACUUUAAAGUUUGGGUAGGGUAGGGUAGGGUAGGGUAGGGUAGGGUAGGGUAGGGUAGAGUAGGGUAGAGUAGGGUAGUGUAGAGUAGGGUAGGGUAUGGUAGGGUAGGGUAGGGUAGGGUAGGGUAGGGUAGGGUAGGGUAGGGUAGGGUAAGUUAGGGUAGGGUGAGGCAGGGUAGGAUAGGGUAGGAUACGUUAGGGUAGGGUGAGGCAGGGUAGGAUAGGGUAGGAUACGUUAGGGUAGGGUGAGGCAGGGUAAAUAAUUUUUUAUAUAAUUUUUUUCAAAAAAUUUGCAUAAACCCUCCAAUUCAGUGCCACAUAAGUGCGUUGGUCAAUUUCGUGGGGAACUUGGUGCGUUCGGCGGCGGUCUUUCUGCCCCUGCCCUGGCGCUUCUACAUUACACUGGGCGGGCAGGCCGGCGCCGCUUCCAUCCAACCAUUCAUAAUGUACUUGUCCACCAAGACGGCGGCUACGUGGUUUGCGAAUUCGGAGCGAGUGACCGCCAACACGCUGGCCGCCAUGUCCAACCCGUUGGGGGUGGCGGUCAUGUACGCGGUUUCGCCGCUAAUUGUCAACUCCAAUUCGUGGCGGGACUUUUCCGUUUUGGUAAGCAGAGGAUUUGGAAUAAUUAGGGGAGGAAUAGAAAAGCAGUUUACUGAUGCUAGACGAUAUUGUAGUAUGUAAUAAGCAGCUGAGACUGUAAUUGCAUCGAAAGACAUAAAAUGAAAAAAAAGUUUUACAACACCUAAAAUACAAUUUAAUUAUUAUGCUGUCUAGUAAGUUCAUAAAACUCUAUACCCUUUUGCUUUGUCCCCCCUGUAACCCUUGUGCUUCGUGUUACUCUACUGUACCCUACCCUAGUCUACACUACGUUGGCUUAACUUAUCACCAUACAUUAACCUAUCAUACAAUGCAUCGGCUUGACUAUAGCUUUCCAAACAAAUUUUUUUCCGAGAUUACCUAAUAUUGAUUAUACAAUAAGAUAGCCUUAGAGAAAUUGAAAGUAAUUGUAUUGCGCAAUCUUUUCUUAUGUAAUAUUAUGGUUUUAUAUAACAUUUGCCUCGAUGUAAAACGACCCAACAAAUGACUGUGAGUGCUGGGAUUUUACUCCACAUUUCUGCGGGGUAUCGCUUUUAUUAGCUGUAUUCUACUAAGCCUAAAAAUCAGACUACAAAACCUUCCGUGACCAAGAAUGCUGAGCUUACGUCUACUGAGCUUAAGCCUUGCAAGCCUAAACCCAAUAAACCUAGAGUUUAAAACUAAACCGACUAAACCUAAAGCUAUGCAUACUAAACCUACAAAGCCUAAAGCUAUGUCUACUAAGCCUAAAUCUAGGCCUACUAAGCCUACCAAUCUUAAUUUUACUCCUACCCCACAUAUGUAAAAACUAAAAUUUUCAGAACGGCCUAAUCCUACUCUUAACCUUCAUAACACUUCUAUCAUCACUCGGAGUAACAAGAACCGCCCCAAAAACUCCACCUUCAAGCUCAAGUACAACAACCUCAUCAUCAUCCCUGCCAUUUUACAAAAACCUCUUAAAACGUUUAAAAAACAAAAGUUUUUUGAUAUUAACCUUUGCUGUCGGAUCAGCCAUAGGCCUAUUCAACUGUCUUUACAAUAAUCUACAACCAAUCUUGUGUUCCAAUGGCUACAGUAAUGUGUUUAUUGGGCUUUGUGGCAGUCUUAUGAUAAUAUCCGGGCUGAUUGGAUCAGCUGUUUGUGGAAUUAUCGCUGAUAAAACCAAAAAGUUCAAUUUGAUCUACAAGAGUUGUUUAAUAUUGGCAGUGUCUUGUGCCAUCUUUAUGGCAUUUGUGGUGUUUCAUGAGAACAAGAAUGCCUUGAUUUUGAGUUCAAUUAUAUUAUUUGGCUUCUUUGGACUGGCAACUUAUCCAAUCAGCUUGGAAUUGGCUGUGGAAUGCACUUUUCCUACCCCUGAAGCCUUCUCUUCUGGAUGCUUGAUCUUUUUUGGGUAAUAUUUUUAAAAGGGCAUAGUUAAUGUAAAGCUAGUCUACGAUUAUAGUAGGUCUAGAGCUAAGGGUAGAGCAAAUACUAGGGUUAGAAUUAAUUCUAGAGCUACAAGAUUAAAGCAGGCUAGGAUAGAGCCUACGGUUAAGAGAGUGUAAGACAAGGCUAGGUUACGUAGGGUAUGUUAGGGUAAUGUAGAGUAGGGUUGAGUAGAAUAGGGUAGGGUAGGGUAGGGUAGAGAAGGGUAGCGUAGGGUAGAGAAGGGUAGGAUAAGAAAUAGGUUGGUUAUGAUGUAAUGCUACAGAUGAUCCUGUACAAAAAACUAAAAUAUUCUUUUAGACAAGUAUUUGGCAUAAUGUAUGUCACCAUAACGUCUUUAUUAACUACCGAACCAACUGAACGUACCAAAGACAUCCAAACCUGUACCAAAAUCGACCUGGAUAUUGAGGUUCUAGAGUGGGAACGUAAGCUUAACCUUGUUGAUUUAUAUAAUUCUAGUCCUACAUCAAUAGAAGCUUACAGCCUUUAUAACGUAGAUUGUAAGGUACCCAUUAUAAACCCAUAAUAACUUUUGGGCUAAUAACAAAUCUAGUUGUUGUACCACACUAAUAACAUAAGAAGCCUAAAUUUCCUAAAAUCUGAAUUUUCAGAUUCGCACUACUUUUGGACGUUCAGUAUGAUCGUGACAGUAGUGUUCAGUCUAAUAUUAUUCAAGCCAAAGUAUAAAAGAAUGGAACAUGAAGCGAGGAAAGAGAACCAGAGUCACAUUGAAGCUAUAGAACAAUAA